AUGGCAGUGUUGGAGAAAUUGCACCGAAGGAUAGUGGAUAUGGGACUAGUUCCCAGAAUAAUCGCAUCUCUUCCAAAGAUCUCUAUAUUCUGUGCGUUACUCAGCAUCUCAUGGCUAACUUUAUUCCUACCGUUAGAAGGUCAAUAUAGAAGAACAUAUAUCUCGGAAAAUGCAUUGAUGCCAUCACAGGCUUAUAGUUAUUUUCGUGAGAGUGAAUGGAAUAUAUUAAGAGGGUAUAGAAGGGAACUUGAGAAUCUGAAAGAUCUAGAUAUUCAUGAGCGAAACACAAUCGUCGCUUCGUGGAUGGAAGAAUAUGGAGCUAAGACUUCAAUUAACACGAACAACCAGUACGGUGAAACUUUAUAUGGAAUAGUACACACUUCUAGAGGUGAUGGUACAGAAGCUAUGGUUCUGGCAGCUCCAUGGACCACAACUGAUGGACUGUAUAACAAUGGCGGAGCUGCUCUGGCUAUAUCUCUUGCCAGGUAUUUUGCUCGUUGGCCAGUUUGGUCCAAAAACAUUAUAGUGGUUUUAAGUGCAGAUCCUCAGGCUUCACUGAGAGCAUGGGUUAAGGCAUAUCAUACUAAGUUAGAUUUGACCGGAGGAUCUAUUGAAUCAGCCGUUGUGCUUGAUUACCCGGGUACUAAUGAUUAUUUCAAAUACAUAGAGAUUGGCUAUAAUGGAUUGAAUGGGGGCCUCCCCAAUCUGGACCUGAUUAAUACUGCAGUACAUAUUUCCGAACACGAAGGUAUGAAGGUAUCAUUGCAUGGUAUGCCUUUUGUUGAAUUAUCACAAGAUACAUAUAAGUUACGGCUAAAAACUUUGCUGUCAGGUAUCAAAGAUAUGACUUUAGCUGGCAUAAAAAAUACCACUGGACAUGAAGCAUUUAAUGGCUGGAGAAUCCAGUCAGUGACGUUGAAAGCACAUGGCCAGGAUGGUCCAUUUGACGUAACGACUUUUGGCCGUGUUCCUGAGGCUAUUUUCAGAUCCGUGAAUAAUUUGCUUGAGAAAUUCCAUCAGUCCUUUUUCUUUUAUUUGUUAUUGUCUCCUAGAUCUUUUGUGUCAAUAGGCAGCUACCUCCCAGCUGCUAUAGCACUAUCGGCUUCAUUUGCUAUCGCUUCUGCUGAUAGCAUUUUGAAUAACGAAUAUUCCAAGUUGCCGUUGCUUUCUAUUUACAACAUAUGGGCAUUAUUUGCCUUUGCUGUUGCCCUCAUGAUUUCUUUCGUCACGGCUGAAGCCUUCGCAUACAUGCCACUUCCAUCGUUGCUGCUAGCUUUCAAUGUUGCAUUGAGCUUUAUUUCUUUUACUGUUAUCAAAUAUAAAAUCCAGAAGCCAUUUUCCUACCGCUUCAAAGCUUUUGCUCACUUAUACUUUUCUAUUGUUUUAACAUCCUUACUUGUUGUUAACUUUGCUUUAGCGUUAGCCGUUGGCGUACUAGCAUUUCCAAUGUCUUUAACUAAGACUACUACCAAUGCGACAAUGCAACAAAAGCUCAGAAAUUCGUUGCUCUUGAUGAGUUCAAACCCAUUCAUCGCUUCGUGGAUACUUUGCCAGCUGUUUGAAGCUCAACUAGCAGGGACAUCUCUAUUUCACAGUUUAAUAGACGCUUGGACUCAGUUAGGAUGCUGGACCUGGUAUGUUUUAUGUAUAGGUUGGUACCCUUCUUGGAUAUUAGUAGCUUAUUCAAGCAUUGACUCUAUACCUAUUGUAACGACAAGCAAAAAGUCAUAUUAG